AUGUACAGAGCCACAGAGUUCACGACGCUGGCGCGUCUACAUUUCACGCUCGUGGCCGCAGACAGCUUUGGUGCUGUGGCAAGUCCGUCCCAUUUGGGAACGACGAUACGGGGCGUUAUGCAGUUCUGUCGACGAAACAAGCGACCACGGGACGUUGAUAUUGCUGACUAG